AUGGUUUCAAUCACAGAGACACAGAAGAUUGGUGUUGGUCUCACUGGCUUCGGCCUCUUCUUUCUGCUCUUUGGCGUGCUGCUGUACUUUGACUCUGUCUUACUGGCAUUUGGGAAUGUUCUGUUUCUGGCUGGCCUGGCGUUCAUCAUCGGCCUGAGAAGGACGGCAGGGUUCUUCUUACAGAGACAGAAGCUCAGAGGCUCCACCUUAUUCCUGGGGGGCGUGGCCUUGGUGCUGUUCCGCUGGCCAAUCAUCGGCAUGGCUGUGGAGAGCUACGGCUUCGUGCUCCUGUUCAGGUCAUUCUUCCCUGUGGCGUUUGGAUUCAUUUUAUCGUUGGUUAAUAUCCCCUAUCUCAAUGUGUUAUACAACAACUUCCUAGGAAGUAGCCCUUCCAUGGUCUGAGGAAAAAGAAAGAGAGUGGAAGAGUUGAAUAGAGGCUACAAAGAAGAGAGGGAUGAAAGUGAUGGAUUAAAAAAGGAAAAGCUUAUGGGCUCAG